AUGCCAGCUGCCCUGGGUAACCGCCAUGACACAAGAGAGCUAACUGCUAGCAAUUAAAAAUAAAGAUUAGGGGUAGAACCAAAAAGAGUCAGAAGUGUGACCUUAGGACUGAAAAUACAUGUGCUGACUUCAUCUCACCAGGCAGAAGUUUCCAGGCUGGUAAUUUUGCCUCAUUCACUCCGUGGAUUAUUGAUUAAAAGAAACUUGUAGCAGCUGACUCCAAAAGUCAAAAGGACAAAGUGGCAAUCAGGCCACAACCAAAAUGCACACAGAGGCCGAGGGAUUUGCAGUGUACUUCCUUGUUUGUAAAUCAGAGUCACAGUGGAGAGCUGAAGGCACCGCAGCCAGUGGCACCACCUGUGAUUAGGGAGCCACAAGUACCUGGACUCUAUGUGUCUUUCUUGCAUGUUGCAUAUACAUAAGAUAACAUCCAGCACCUGACUCACAUCUCUGGAAAGAGACUACUUAAUUCACUAAUUAUUCAUGUUUCUACUUAGAAUCUGAUUCCCAGAGCUAAUCGCUUAUUUAAGUAAAAUCUUUGGCCAUCGCUGGAGCUGUCAGCCCACAGAAGUGCUUAAGCAAACCAGUGGGAAAAGCAAAACUCAGAAAAGCACCCUUCCAGAAGUGCAACAUUUACAUUUUUAACCAGCUGGGUCACUUUGCAGGAACGACUUAAUCUCUCUAAUCCUCAGUUUCUUUAUCUAUAUAAUGGGAGUGAUAAUUAUAGGAUUCUGUUGAGAAUUAAAUAAAAUAAUACAGGUCAGGUAAUUACUACAGAACCCGGUAGACAGUAAGCACUUAAUAAAUGUUAGCAAAGAUGCUGCAGCCGCUGACAAUGAUGAUGAUGGUGAUGCUGAAGAAUGAGCAGAAGAAAUCCUUAUUUAAACAAUAAUUCUAUAUCUUUAGAGUUAAGAGUCUUAAAUAGUAUCAGCCACAAACUUGCUAAUUCUUUUUCUUCGUCUACAAACAUUAGCCAAUGUUCAGUUAUGAGCAAUACUGCCAAUAGAAAAUCUUUGAAAGUUUUGUCAAGGUAUUGGAACAAGUCAGAAGUACUUAUUUGCCUGAUAUAGAUUUUGGUGGAUGCCCCUUUUCAUAUUCAAAAAUAAAAGAUGCCCAGGAUUCUAGGGCCUGUCCAGUCAGUAGCCCCUGCCUAUUUAGGAGCUGGUCCCAUCAUGAUAGUGUUCCAGAUCUAAUGAUGGCCUGAAGGUGUGGUGACCCUGUGUUUAUUUCCUUGUUGAUUUCCCUUCUCUGGAUCCAAGAUCAUUUUCCCAUUGCCUGCAGGAAACAACAUCUAGGGGCGAGGUAGGCCUGACUUGGCAACCCUAAAGGUGAACAAAAGGAUCUUGGCUUUUGGCAAGAGCAGAAGGAAGUUCAGGGGCGUCUCAGCCCCAUCCAAACCAGAACAGAUUUGUCACUGAUGCUAAUGCAUGCUGCUCUGCAGGGGACUACUCUCCCUCGAAGCUCCCCAUAGCUGCUCUCAGUUUUAUGGAUCUGCUCUACCCAAAGCCUUGCAGAAGGGGCAGGGGAUGCCCUGGUUAACCCCUGCACAUAGCAAGGUGGAGAAGUUUUCAUGCAUAGCUGGGACAAAGAACACUGGAAAGAGAAAGAAAAACUUCCUGAGCUACUGCUAAGCCAGAAAAGCUCAGCUCUCAAAUGGACUAUCUCCUGAGACCUCACACAGCUGGGAACUGAUCUGCAAUACAGCAAAGGCACCUGUUCACCGAAGUUGAGGCUGGUCACAACUCCGGCGGCCCAAGGAGCUGCUCGGUUCACCCACAGGGGAUGAGAGCUGCCUGCCUGCUGCUGCUUGGAGAGCCCCAGACAGUCGCUUGAAGAGGUGUGUGGAUGGCUCCUAGAUCUUGACUUGCUCCUGAGGAAAUAUUAUGUGACUGAGUUUCCUGUUACACUGCUCUCCAAUCCAUCAUGAACCAGCCAGAGUCUGCCAACAACCCUGAACCCCUGUGUGCAGUGUGUGGCCAAGCCCACUCCCUGGAGGAAAACCACUUCUACAGCUAUCCAGAGGAAGUGGAUGAUGACCUCAUCUGCCACAUCUGCCUGCAGGCUUUGCUGGACCCCCUGGACACUCCAUGUGGACACACCUACUGCACCCUCUGCCUCACCAACUUCCUGGUGGAGAAGGACUUCUGUCCCAUGGACCGCAAGCCUCUGGUUCUGCAGCACUGCAACAAGUCCAGCAUCCUGGUCAACAAACUCCUCAACAAGCUGCUGGUGACCUGCCCAUUCAGGGAGCACUGCACCCAGGUGUUGCAGCGCUGCGACCUCGAGCAUCACUUUCAAACCAGCUGUAAAGGUGCCUCCCACUACGGCCUGACCAAAGACAGGAAGAGGCGCUCACAAGAUGGCUGUCCAGACGGCUGUGCAAGCCUCACAGCCACGGUUCCCUCCCCAGAGGUUUCUGCAGCUGCCACCAUCUCCUUAAUGACAGACGAGCCUGGCCUAGACAACCCUGCCUACGUGUCCUCAGCGGAGGAUGGGCAGCCAGCAAUCAGCCCAGUGGACUCUGGCCGGAGCAACCGAACUAGGGCACGGCCCUUUGAGAGAUCCACUAUUAGAAGCAGAUCGUUUAAAAAAAUAAAUCGAGCUUUGAGUGUUCUUCGAAGGACAAAGAGCGGGAGUGCAGUUGCCAACCAUGCUGACCAGGGCAGGGAAAAUUCUGAAAACACCACUGCCCCUGAAGUCUUUCCAAGGUUGUACCACCUGAUUCCAGAUGGUGAAAUUACCAGCAUCAAGAUCAAUCGAGUAGAUCCCAGUGAAAGCCUCUCCAUUAGGCUGGUGGGAGGUAGCGAAACCCCACUGGUCCAUAUCAUUAUCCAACACAUUUAUCGUGAUGGGGUGAUCGCCAGAGACGGCCGGCUACUUCCAGGAGACAUCAUUCUAAAGGUCAACGGGAUGGACAUCAGCAAUGUCCCUCACAACUACGCUGUGCGUCUCCUGCGGCAGCCCUGCCAGGUGCUGUGGCUGACUGUGCUGCGUGAACAGAAGUUCCGCAGCAGGAACAAUGGACAGGUCCCGGAUGCCUACGGACCCCGGGAUGACAGCUUUCAUGUGAUUCUCAACAAAAGCAGCCCCGAGGAGCAGCUUGGAAUAAAACUGGUGCGCAAGGUGGAUGGGCCUGGGGUUUUCAUCUUCAAUGUGCUGGAUGGCGGUGUGGCAGAUCGACAUGGUCAGCUCGAGGAGAACGACCGCGUGUUAGCCAUCAACGGACAUGACCUUCGAUAUGGCAGCCCAGAAAGUGCGGCUCAUCUGAUUCAGGCCAGUGAAAGACGUGUUCACCUCAUCGUGUCCCGCCAGGUUCGGCAGCGGAGCCCUGACAUCUUUCAGGAAGCUGGCUGGAACAGCAAUGGCAGCUGGUCCCCAGGGCCAGGGGAGAGGAGAAGCACUCCCAAGCCCCUCCAUCCUACAAUUACUUGUCAUGAGAAGGUGGUAAAUAUCCAAAAAGACCCCGGUGAAUCUCUCGGCAUGACCGUCGCAGGGGGAGCAUCACAUAGAGAAUGGGAUUUGCCUAUCUAUGUCAUCAGUGUUGAGCCCGGAGGAGUCAUAAGCAGAGAUGGAAGAAUAAAAACAGGUGACAUUUUGUUGAAUGUGGAUGGGGUCGAAUUGACAGAGGUCAGCCGGAGUGAGGCAGUGGCAUUAUUGAAAAGAACAUCAUCCUCGAUAGUACUCAAAGCUUUGGAAGUCAAAGAGUAUGAGCCCCAAGAAGACUGCAGCAGCCCAGCAGCCCUGGACUCCAACCACAACAUGGCCCCACCCAGUGACUGGUCCCCAUCCUGGGUCAUGUGGCUGGAAUUACCACGGUGCUUGUAUAACUGUAAAGAUAUUAUAUUACGAAGGAACACAGCUGGAAGUCUGGGCUUCUGCAUUGUAGGAGGUUAUGAAGAAUACAAUGGAAACAAACCUUUUUUCAUCAAAUCCAUUGUUGAAGGAACACCAGCAUACAAUGAUGGAAGAAUUAGAUGUGGUGAUAUUCUUCUUGCUGUCAAUGGUAGAAGUACAUCAGGAAUGAUACAUGCUUGCUUGGCAAGACUGCUGAAAGAACUUAAAGGAAGAAUUACUCUAACUAUUGUUUCUUGGCCUGGCACUUUUUUAUAGAAUCAAUGAUGGGUCAGAGAAAAACAGAAAAAUUACAAAUAGGCUAAGUUGAAACACUAUAUUUAUCUUGUCAGUUUUUAUAUUUAAAGAAUACAUUGUAAAAAUGUCAGGAAAAGUAUGAUCUAAUGAAAGCCAGUUACACCUCAGAAAAUACGAUUCCAAAAAAAUUAAAACUACUAGUUUUUUUUCAGUGUGGAGGAUUUCUCAUUACUCUACAACAUUGUUUAUAUUUUUUCUAUUCAAUAAAAAGCCCUAAAACAGCUAAAAUGAUUUGUAUACCCCACUGAAUUCAAGUUGAUUUAAAUUUAAAAUUUGGUAUAUGCUGAAGCCUGCCAAGGGUAUAUUAUGGCCAUUUUUAAUUUACAGCUAAAAGAUUUUUUUAAAAUGCACUGCUAAGAAACGUUGCUUUCAUCAAACAAACAAGAAAUAAAUAUUUUUCAGAAGUUA